GUAAGAACUCUGCAGCAGCAGCACCAACAGCAGCAGCAACAGCAACAGCAGGCAGCUGCUCAGGCCCAGGCUGCUCAGAUGGGAGCAUCAGGACCGAUGAUCACCGCAACUAUGGCCCGAGGUGGGAUGCAAAUAAGACCACGGUUCCCGCCUACCACCGCAGUAUCUGCCACGCCUCCAAGCACCAUUCCUUUGGGUGGACAGCAAAUGCCUCAGAUCAGCUUCUGGAAACAUGGAACUUCAGACAACCCCUUUCUUGCAGAAGAGAUACUGAAGGAGUUCACAGCUCACAUGAAUGGACAACAUGUCAGCCAAAGUAGCAUCACCAUGAUGUCCUCUCCUUCACCAGUCCAGCAAGCCCAGACAUCCCAGCCAAUGCUUCCACCACCUCAGCCACAGCCCUCUCCCCAGCCAGGGCAGCCGACUUCUCAGCCCAACUCCAAUGUCAGCUCUGGUCCAGCCCCUUCUCCCAGCAGUUUCCUCCCCAGUCCAUCUCCGCAACCCUCCCAGAGUCCAGCAGCUGCACGAACACCGCAAAACUUCAGUGUCCCUUCUCCACUCAAUACACCAGGCAACCCCAACUCAGUCAUGAGCCCAGCCAGCUCCAGCCAGUCAGAGGAGCAGCAGUAUCUAGAGAAACUCAAGCAGCUGUCCAAGUAUAUUGAGCCUCUCCGAAGGAUGAUCAACAAAAUAGAUAAGAAUGAAGACAGGAAGAAGGACCUGAGUAAGAUGAAAAGCCUUCUGGAUAUUCUGACUGAUCCUUCCAAACGCUGUCCUCUGAAGACUUUGCAAAAAUGUGAAAUUGCUCUGGAGAAGCUCAAGAAUGACAUGGCUGUGCCCACCCCCCCACCUCCUGCAUUGCCUCCCACCAAACAGCAGUAUCUGUGCCAACCCCUGCUCGAUGCAGUGCUGGCAAAUAUCCGUUCCCCUGUAUUCAAUCAUUCCCUCUACCGGACCUUCAUGCCAGCUAUGACAGCUAUCCAUGGCCCACCUAUCACGGCUCCAAUAUCUUCCCCUCGGAAGCGAAAGUAUGAAGAGGAUGAAAGACAAACCAUACCGAAUGUAUUACAAGGAGAGGUUGCUAGACUGAACCCCAAGUUCUUGGUAAACCUGGAUCCCUCCCACUGCAGCAAUAAUGGCACAGUCCACCUCAUAUGCAAGCUAGAUGAUAAGAACCUUCCAAAUGUUCCACCACUGCAGCUCAGUGUCCCAGCUGAUUAUCCAGAUCAGAGCCCCCUGUGGAUUGAUAACCGUCAACAAUAUGAAGCAAACCCCUUCUUGCAGUCAGUGUAUCGCUACAUGAUGUCCAAAUUGCUGCAGCUUCCUGACAAGCACUCGGUCACAGCGCUCCUCAACACCUGGGCACAGAGUAUCCGCCAGGCCUGCCUGUCCGCUGCCUAAAAUCAUGUCCCCUUGAUGGGCCACAGCUGGAAGAACCACAGAAGCAGAAGCCUUAACUCAUGUUUGUUUGCUAGGAGCCAGGCUUCAUAAAGAGGGUCUGGCGUUAGGUUUAGCUCUUGUGCUCCUUGCCAGUGGCUGGAUGCAUAUGAUGGAUUUGUCAAGGGUCUCAAGAUGGACGUGUCAGCAGAUUUUUUUAAAAAACAUCUUCUUAAGAGAAGAAUAUCUGUAGACUUCUGUCACGGAGUCUUACUAUAGGAAAAGGGACAGUGUCCUUCCGCCUUCGUCCAGUGCCAGAUGUUAUGUUACGUGUAUUUGGAUGCCAUCCUCACCUGAGGUUGCCUACAAUGGGGCAAGACCAUUGAGCUAUUACUGAUCAGACAGGUGAUUGAGGAAGCAGGUAAGCUUUCCCUAUUCUCCCACAUGGCUCAGGUUGUCACUGAAAGUGUUACUAGUCACCUUGGGAUUCAGCAUGGCAGUAACUGACUUGCCUGUGGGUGCUUAGGGUGAGACAGAAGCUGCUUCACUGAGCACUGGGUUUGCAUUCUCCUGCCUGUUGCUAGUCUUUGUGGAAUUGCAUUCUUAGAAGUAUUCCUGUUUCCAUGUGCUUCUGCUAUUACCAUUGCAGAAGUUCUGCAAACUGACUGAUUCUCUUCAAAACAGGAACGGCUUGCUGUGUCAAUUUGAGGACAUUUUAUAAAUUGUACUUC